UUUUUUACUUUUUUUUUUAAUUAUAAUAUAUCAAAGACAUUAACAUGUUGUGGAAAAUUUUUUUCAACAUUGCUAUAAUCAUUUCAAUUUCUAAUCAAUUUGUCAUUGGAGAUAAUCUUCUGAAAUCUGACAUAACAGAGACUACUAUCCCAUUAAAUGAUAUUUCAAAAUUGAACUAUGAACUUGAAGAUAUGAAGAAUAUAAAAAGUAAAACAAAACAGCUUUUAUUUCCAGGAGGUUGUAGCAAGCAACCGGAUUCACCUAUAAAUGGAGAAAUAAGAUGUUCUAUAGAUAGUGGGUGUAUUGCAACUUGUAAGCAUGAUUAUAAAUUUCCUAAUGGGGUGACACAAUUAGCUGUAACAUGUAUGAACAAAAAAUGGCAUAUUCAUGGCACAGAUUGGAUUUCUAUUCCUCAUUGCGAACCAAUUUGCUUACCAGAAUGUUUAAAUAACGGGGUAUGUAUUACACCUCAUCAAUGUAAUUGUCCUGAAGAUUUUACUGGACCACAGUGUCAAUUUGAGAAAAAACCAUGUCUAAAUUAUCCUGCUCCAGUGCUUAAUGCACAUAAAACAUGCAAUUUACAGUCAUGUACUAUAUCUUGCAUAAAGAAUUUUACGUUUCCGGAUGGUAGUUCCGUAACUAAUCUUUUAUGCAAAAAUGGAAAUUGGGAACCUACCAGAAAAGAUUGGGUCUCAAUACCUGAUUGUGAACCUGUUUGUGAACCACCUUGUCAGAAUGGUGGUAAUUGUCUUCCAUCGAAUCUUUGUCAGUGUCCUCAAGCAUAUAGAGGAUCUCAUUGUCAAUAUUCUGCUAACAUCUGUAAUGGAGAGAAAAUGGGUUUCAAUGGAGGCUUUUUUUGCUCAAAUAUAGAUGAUAUUUAUUCAUGUACUAUAAACUGUCCUACUGGAGUGGAAUUCGAAUUUCCACCAGCUUCUGUAUACAUUUGCAAUUACGAAACAGGUGUUUUUAUGCCUCAACCUAUUCCUCAAUGCAACUACAGUGAAAAUAUGAACAUAAUUUCUUUGGGCACUAUAUAUAAUUCGUAUAUAAAAGAAAUCAAUCAUACUUGGACUUAUCAAGAUAUUUUUAAUCCUCAUGCAAAUCAAUUUCCAUUGAUUCAUGGCAAUUAUGGAAUUAAAGAACAUUAUAAUAAUCAUAAAUCCAAUAUAACGAAUAUGAUGAUAUUUAAUUCUUUGGAAAAUAAUAUGCUAUUUAUUGAAGAGAAGAAACCAAUCCCAAAAACUUGUUUUACAUGGAAUGGAGUACACUAUAAAACUUUUGAUGAUAGUAUAUUCACUUUUGAGAGUGAAUGUUCUUAUAUUUUAGUACAAGAAGCACAAAAUAGAUUGUUUACUGUGACUGUAAAUAACAGUCCAACAUGCGAAGUUCAAGAUUGUUUUAGAAUUAUUAAGAUCUAUAUUCAGGAUAAGGAAUAUAUUUUGUUGCGAAAUAAAGAAGGUGUUCCAGAAUUUAGAACUCAAAAAAAAUUGCUUCCAAUUCCAGCACAAUUGUCAACAUUAAGAGUUGAAAUGUCUGCACAUUUUAUCUUAGUAAUAUUGGAUUCUUUAGGAAUUCAGUUGAAAUGGGAUGGAGCUCUUAUGCUACAGGUCGAAGCUGCCGAAAAUAUGUGGAAUAAAACCGUCGGUUUAUGUGGUAAUAUGAAUGGAGAUAAAAUGGACGAUUUAAUAAGCAAGAAUGAAAAACACACUAAAAGUGUUGCAUCAUUUGCAACUUCUUGGAGAACUGAGGAUAUUGGAGAAACAUGUGACAAAUAUCCAACAAUUAAACAUGCUUGCGAAUCUGAUUCAUUAAUCACCAAAGAUGCUAUUCAAUUUUGUGCAAAAUUAUUUUCUGAUUAUCGAUUUAAAGCUUGCUCCAAUACAAUUAGUGUUUCCGAAUUACAAAUAGCUUGUUUAUGGGAUUAUUGUUCUUGCAUGGAUUAUGAUAGAAGGAAAUGUGCUUGUAAUACUAUGAAUGUAUAUAUUAGACAAUGUGCCCAUAAAAAAAUUAUCUCUGUGUCUGGUUGGAGAAAUAAUGAUACUUGUCCUAUGACAUGUAAUAGUGGACGAAUAUAUAUGCCAUGUGGUCCAAAAAUAGAACCAUCUUGUUGGACAGAAAAGGAAUUAAAUACAGAAAAUUGUGAAGAAGGUUGUUUUUGUCCAGAAGGAACAAUAGCUCAUGAAGGAAAAUGCAUUUAUCCUGAUGAAUGUCCUUGUAGAUUACGUGGAAAACUAUUUCAACCUGGAAAAAUUGUACAAAAAGAUUGUAAUACUUGUACAUGUUCUUCUGGAAAAUGGAUAUGCACUCAGCUAAAAUGCAGUGCCAGAUGUGCUGUGAUUGGAGAUCCUCAUUAUGUUACCUUUGAUGGAAAGCAUUAUGACUUUAUGGGAAAGUGCAAGUAUUAUUUAAUGAAGGAUGAUAAUUAUAGUAUUGAAGGUGAAAAUGUACCCUGUUCUGGUGCAAUAUCAGAAAAUAUGGGACUUAUUCCUUCUAAUGCACCAUCAUGUACAAAGACUGUUACAAUUAAUUAUAAAGAUACUUCCAUGAAAUUAAAGCAGCAUAGACAAGUAUUAAUCAAUGGAAAUGAGUUAACAAUAUUUCCUACACUUAUUAAUGGCAUUAGAAUACGUAUUGCAAGCAGUAUAUUUUUAAUUGUUCAGUUGCCAAAUGGUUUGGAAAUAUGGUGGGAUGGAAUUUCUCGUAUUUAUAUCAAUGCUCCUCCUGAAUUUCAUGGCAAUACUAAAGGACUUUGUGGCACAUUUUCUGAGAAUCAAAAAGAUGAUUUCAUUACACCGGAGGGUGAUAUUGAAAACACAGCAAUUUCUUUUGCCAACAAAUGGAAGUGUGAUGAAGUUUGUCCUAAUGUUUUAGAAAAGGAAUUGGAUCAUCCUUGUGAUCUUAAUCCACAAAAACGAGCUACCGCGAAACAAUAUUGUUCUUAUUUAUUUAGCAACAUUUUUAUUGACUGUCAUUGGUAUGUAGAUCCGGAUACAUUUUACAAAGACUGUUUGUUUGAUAUGUGUUCUUGUAAAGUUGAACUUGAAUUUUGUCUUUGUCCUAUAUUGGCUGCAUAUGCAAAAGAUUGUUCUACUGCAGGAAUAAAACUUUUAUGGCGCCAGAAUGUGGAAGAGUGCAAAAUUCAUUGUUCUGGAAGUCAAGUUUAUCAAAUUUGUGGAAAUAGUUGUACUAGAUCAUGUAGAGAUAUAUCUUUUCAUCAGAACUGUAAACAAGAUUGUGUAGAGGGAUGUAAUUGUCCAGAAGGAGAAACACUAGAUAUUCAUGGAGAAUGUAUUCCAAUUGGACAAUGUCCAUGUACUUAUGGAGGAUUAGAAUUUAGUUCAGGACACAAAGAAAUCAGACCUGGAAAUAAAUUUCCUGAACUUUGUACUUGUGCAGGAGGAGUCUGGAACUGUCGAGAAGCCAUGCCAAAUGAAAUUAUAAAAUAUCCAGCAGUCAAGAAUUUAUUAACUUCAUGUUUAAUAAGUAACCAUCAAGAAAUCACUGAUUGUGUUCAGACAGAGCCUAGAACUUGUCACAACAUGCACAAACCAAUCCAGAAGCCAUCAAUUUGUAAAUCUGGUUGUGUUUGUAAAUCUGGUUAUGUUUUAAAUGAACCAAAUGGUAAUUGCAUUAAAGAAGAAACUUGUCCAUGUCACCAUGGAAGUCAAAGUUAUGAAGAAGAAUCUGUUAUACAAAACGAAUGCAAUACUUGUAAGUGUACUAAUGGAACAUGGAAAUGCACGGAUAGAAUAUGUGCAGGAAUUUGUUCUGUCUGGGGAGAUUCUCAUUACAAAACAUUUGAUGGUAAGAUUUACGAUUUUCAAGGAUUGUGCGAUUAUAUUUUAGUGAAAGGUUUCUUGAGUCAAGAAGAUUGUUUCGAUAUAUCUAUUCAGAAUGUUCCUUGUGGAACAACAGGGGUAUCUUGUUCUAAAUCAAUUACUCUUACUAUUGGAAGUAAUCAGAGUUCUGAAAGAAUUGUUUUAACCAGAGGAAAGAAUCUUCCAUUGGAUAAUUUUAAAAGAAUCAUUAUGAGAACAGCAGGAUUAUUUCUAUUUAUUAAUGUACCAGAUAUGGGAUUGACUAUGCAAUGGGAUAAAGGUACUAGAGUAUAUAUAAGAUUAGAACCUAAGUGGAAAGGUCGUACAAAGGGACUUUGUGGUGAUUACAACAAUAAUAGUGAGGAUGAUUUCAAAACACCUUCGGGUGGCAUCUCAGAAGUAUCUGCUAAUUUAUUUGGAGAUUCAUGGAAAAAAAAUGAAUUUUGUCCUGAGCCCAAAGAUAUCCAGGAUCCUUGUAUACAACAUCCAGAAAGAAAAUUAUGGGCUACACAAAAAUGUGGAAUAUUAAAAUCAUCGAUAUUUCAAUCUUGUCAUUCUGAGGUCGAAGUUGAAAGUUAUAUUCACAAUUGCAUUUUUGAUAGUUGUAGUUGUGAUACAGGAGGAGAUUGUGAAUGUCUUUGUACUGCUUUAGCAGCAUAUGCUCAAGAAUGCAAUGCAAAAGGAGUUCCUAUAAAAUGGCGCAAUCAAGAACUUUGUCCAAUACAAUGUGAUGAGAAUUGUAGCUCAUAUUCCCCUUGUAUCACAACUUGUCCUCAAAAAACUUGCGAUAAUCUUAUAAUUUUGAAUGAUAAAUCCCAUUUAUGUUCUCAAGAUAUUUGUGUUGAAGGAUGUUCCAUCAAAUCUUGCCCUAAAAAUCAAGUAUACAGCAAUGAUAGUUAUACAGAAUGUGUCCCCAAAGAAAUUUGUAAAACACCUUGUAUUGAAAUUAAUGGGAUAACAUAUUAUGAGGGUGAUAAUAUAAAGAAUGAUGACUGUCAAACAUGCUAUUGCAGUCGUGGAAAAGUGUUAUGUAAAGGAGAACCUUGCACAAAUAUUAUUAUGCCAAGUACUAUACCAUUAGAGGAACCACAAAAAUGUGUGAAUGGUUGGACAGAUUGGAUAAAUCAGGAUCCAGCAAUUAAGGGAAAGAAAUUUAAAGAUAUUGAACCUUUACCUUCAACUUUAAUUUUAUCGAAUGUUAAAGGAUCUGCUAUAUGUGAUAAGAACCAAAUGAUUGAUAUAAAAUGUAGAUCAGUAAAUGAUCAUUUAACACCAAAAGAAACUGGUUUGGAUGUAGAAUGUAGUUUAGAAUAUGGUCUUUAUUGUCAAUCACAUCUUAAUCUCUCAUGCAUUGAUUUUGAAAUCAGUGUUUUAUGUCAAUGUUCACCAAUUACCACAGAAAAAUUAGAUAUAUCGACUGCAACAGAAACAGAUCUAUUUGGAAAAUGUAAUAUAGAAUUUCCAAAUAAACCUCAUCCUACAGAUUGUCAUUUGUUUUAUCAAUGUUCUCCUGGAUUAAAUGGUAAUGAAUUUAUAAAGAAAUCCUGUGGAGAAAAUAUGUUUUAUAAUCCUCAAACACAAAUAUGUGACUGGCCAGCUACUGUCAUAUUAAUAAGACCAGAGUGUUCAAUGAAACAGAUAACACCAAACAAGAUUGACUGGACAAGUGACAAAAAGAUUAAGUAUAAAACUACUACAUCUACGACUUUAGAGAAAAAUAUUAUAAUAUCCAAAACUUGUAAAGAAGGUGAAAUAUGGAAUGAUUGUGCCAUUAACUGUAACAAGGUUUGCGAUUAUUAUAAAUAUAUAUUAUUAAAGGAAGGAAAAUGCAAUGGUAUUUCUGAUUGUGUAGCAGGAUGUGUUUCAUUGGAGAAACCACAAUGUCAACCAAAUGAAUUCUGGAGAGAUGCAAUGACUUGCGUGAAUGAAGAUGAUUGCAGUUGUAGAUCUCAUAAUGGGUAUCCAGUUAUUUCUGGUGCUAUUUUAACGGAAUCGGAAUGUGAAAUUUGUCAGUGUAUAAAGAAUUAUUACACUUGUGAUAAAUCUUCAUGUUUUACUGAAAUUAACAAUAUGACCACUGAACAAUCAAAUACGCAAUCAUCGACAGAAACGAUUUCUCCUUUAUUUGAGAUUCAUACCUUCAUAAUACCGAGUACUGUUAGUCCACCAUCUUAUUGUAUUAGCAAUAAUUUUGUUCCUUUAAUUCAAUACUUGGAUAACCAGGUUUCUUUUGAUGCUAGUACUAUCAAAGAUUCUAAUUUUCAAUCAAAAAAUGCAUUGUUGAAGAAAAUUGGAUUUUGGGAGCCUGAAUAUGAUACUACAGAUCAAUGGUUAGAUAUAAAAUUUCAGAAAUCUGAACCUAUUUAUGGCAUCAUUAUUCAAGGCAAUACAAUAGAAAAUAAAUUUGUAACCAGUUAUAGAAUAUUAUUUUCAGAAGAUGGUCAUUCAUUUUCUUAUGUUAUGGAUGAUAAGAAGAAACCACAAAUAUUUAGAGGACCUAUAGAUCAAUUCAAGUUAGUCGAACAGAAGUUCUAUCAACCUAUUGAAGCUAGAAUAAUUAGGAUCAAUCCAUUAUCUUGGCAUAAUGGUAUAGCUAUGAAAAUAGAAUUACUUGGUUGUCAAGAAAUGAUGACCACAGUGAUUCCUUUGACAGAAACUGUUCCAAUAAUCACUACAACAAUCACAGAAAAAGUUAUAACACCAAUGUGUGAUGAGCCAAUGGGAUUGGAUGAUGGAAUAAUUUUUUCUGAUCAAAUUUUGGUAUCCUCUUCUUCCACUGAUUUAUUACCAAAUUUAAAAUUAUCUUCUCCAAAAAUCUGGCAUCCUAAAUUACAUAAUCCACAUCAGUUUGUAAAAAUUGAUUUUUUAGAACCUCGUAAUUUAACAGGAAUUGCUACUAAAGGUGGUGAAGGCACUUGGACUACAAUAUAUAAAGUGUUUUAUAGUAACAAUGAUUAUCAAUGGAAUCCAGUUAUGGAUGAUAAUGGUCAUGAAAGAGAAUUCUUAGGUAAUUUUGACUCUAAUACUAUCAAAAAGAAUUAUUUUGACAAACCGUUGAAUGCAAGAUAUUUAAAAAUACAACCAAUUAAAUGGCAUGAACAGAUAGGCCUCAAACUUGAAGUUUUUGGUUGCUUUUUGCCCUAUCCUUCUAUUAAAACAACAACUGAGAAAUUAGAAAUAAUAUCAAUGACUACACAAACAUUUGAAAAAUGUAAUGUGUGCGAAGGAGUGCAAAAUGAAGAUCAAAUAACAUGUAAAUGUAAAGAAUCUCUUUGGUGGAAUGGAAAUACUUGUGUUAUUAAGCAGGAAUGCCCUUGUGUAGUUGAACAUAUAUUAUAUACUGUAGGUGCAAUUUAUGUAAACAAAGAAUGUCAAGAGUGCAUAUGCACUUUAGGUGGCAUUUCUUUCUGUCAUCCAAAGAAAUGUGAACCUUGCCAAGAGUUAGGAAAGAGACCAGUAGUUAAUGAACUAUGCAAUUGCAUAUGUAAAUCUUGUCCAAGUGGUACACGUCAUUGUCCAACAAGUGAUGUUUGUAUUGAUGACAAUUCAUGGUGUAAUGGAAUACAAGAUUGUCCAGAUGAUGAAAAAGAUUGUCCAAAUAUUACAACAAAACCUGAAGAAAUUACAACAAUGAAAAUAGAAAGCACAACUAUUAUGUCAACUUCAGAUAUCCCAAUUGUAUGUCAGGAUCCAAUUUGUCCACCAGGAUAUAAGAUAAUUUUGAAACGACCUCAAAAUUCACUUUAUUAUACUAAAUCUUAUGUAAAAGAAGGAAUAAAAUCUCUUCAUACAAAGUUAUCAAGAAGAAAAGGAUUAAGGAAAUCUAUGCAAUAUCAUAUAAAAUAUACUGAAAAUGAGAAAUCUAAAAAUGAGAUAGAAUGUACACAAUUCACAUGUAUGCCUAUUAAACCAUGGACGAUUUUUAAUGAAAAUAUAUCUCAAUCUUGUCCAAAGAUAUUUUGUCCACCGGAUUAUACUAUAAUUUACGAAAAGAUAAGCAUGUAUAAACAUCAAAAAUGUCCUAAGUAUUCUUGUAAGCCUCCAACACCAAAAGAAAUUAUUUGCAAUAUUACAGGAAGAACUUUUAAUACAUUUGAUAAACUAGAGUAUAAAUAUGAUAUUUGUAAUCACAUUCUAGCCAGAGAUAUGUUUGCUAAUACAUGGUACAUCACAAUGGAAAAACAAUGUGAUUUACAUACGAACCAGUGCAACAAAAUACUAGUAGCGACUUUAGAUGAAGAUGUAGUUCUUUUAUACCCUGAUAUGCAUGUGGAUAUAAAUGAAUACACUUUUACAUCAAACCAGAUUAAUAGAAUUGAUAACAAAUUUCAUUCUUUCAAAAUAUCAAUUAUAGGAAAUGUUAUAUAUUUGGUAUCAAAUUAUUAUGGAUUCUGGAUAAUAUGGGACACAAAUUCAAAUGUGAAGAUAGGAAUUUCCACAAAAUUGAUACGUCAAGUGGAUGGUUUAUGCGGAUAUUUUGAUGGAUAUUCUAUAAAUGAUAAACAAUUACCUGAUGGAAAUCAAGCUCGAAGUACUGUAGAAUUUGGAAACAGUUGGGUUAUAGAAGGAACUCCGGAAUGUGAUCCACAGAUCUGCCCAUAUCAGUUACAAACUAAAAGUUGGGAUAUCUGUAACAUAGUGAAGGAUGCCUCAUUAACAGAAUGUUCGAAUAUUGUUAACAUAGAAAAAUUUAUAUCCAGCUGUAUGGAGAACAUAUGCAAUUGUCUACAUAGUAAUCAUUCAUACGAUGAUUGUCGUUGCCGUUUAUUAACCAGUUUUGUUACUGAAUGUCAAGCUGGUGAUUUAAAUAUAGAUUUAUCUACUUGGAGAAGUAUUCAUGAUUGUCCAGUUAUUUGUGCUUCACCUCUUGUUCACAAAGAUUGUUUCAGAAACAAAUGUGAAACUAGUUGCAACAAUUUACAACAGAUAGAUCCCUGUCCAAUAAUGCAGGGAGUAUGUUUUUCUGGUUGUUUCUGUCCUGAUGGAACAGUGCGUAAUGGAGAUGAGUGUAUGCCUCCUACAUAUUGCAAAGAUUGUAUUUGCGAAUGGCUAGGAAAUUCCAAAUUUAUUAGUUUUGAUAGAAAAAAUAUUAAAUUUGAUGGAAACUGCACAUAUAUUCUCUCUAGAAAUAUUGUUGAGAAUGCAAAAAGAAAUAAAAAAUAUAAUUAUCAGAUUUUGGUAUCAAAUAAAAUUUGUGACACUGGAUCAUGUACAGAGGCGAUUAUAAUUCUUUAUCAAAAUCAUGUAAUUAAAAUUAAAGAAAAUAUACCUAACCAGGAAUUUGAAAUAGAAGUGGAUGAUUCAAAAAUAUAUGAAUUACCUUUUAAUACAUCUUGGUUGAUUUUGGAACAUACAUCUUUAAAAAAACUGCGAUUAUUAAUACCAUCUAUCCAAUUAGAAAUCAUUAGUUACCAACCCAAUUUCGCAUUUAGUUUAAGUGUACCUUCACAUAUCUUUGGAGGUGCUAUUGAAGGUCUGUGUGGUAAUUGCAAUGAAGAUCCAGAAGAUGAUUUAAAACAGCAGGAUGGAAAAGUCAUAGAAGACAUGCAAGAUUUCAUUACAAGCUGGUUGGUCACAGAAUCUCCAAAUAUUGAUUUAAAUACAAAUAUAUGUGUUUUUAAUAAUCAAAGCAAAUGUAUUUCACCAGAUCAGGAUUUAUGUCAAAAGUUAUUAAAUAUAGCAGAUUUUGGCUUAUGUCAUAAUCUUGUCGAUCCAAUGCCGUAUUUCAUGGCUUGUAAAGAUAACAUGUGUUCUGGAGGAAGCUAUUGUAAUAGUUUUGAAGCAUAUUCAAGGAAAUGUCAACAAAUGGGAGUUUGUUUAACUUGGAGAAGUAGCGAAAUAUGUCCUUAUAUUUGUCCUUCACAUUUAGUAUAUCAACCUUGUAAUUCUACUUGUAAACAGACAUGCGAUAUGAUCAAUGAAAUGAAUGAUAUUAUGUGCAUAAAGAAUUAUGAGGAAGGCUGUUUUUGUCCUCAAAAUUUCAUCUUUCAUAAUGACACUUGCAUUUCAAAAGAAAAAUGUUUGUUAUGUGAUGAAGAAGGCCAUAUAGAAGGUGAUAUAUGGUUUCUAGAUAUUUGCACAAAGUGUACUUGCAACAAAAAGACUGUUAAAUGCGAAAAAACCGAGUGCCCUGCAGUGGAAACCAUUUGCGAAGAAAACAUGAUACCUAUGAUCAUUAAUGGCACAGAGAAAGAUUGUUGUGCUAAGUAUCUUUGCAUUCCAAAAACAGUAACUACUAUGACACCCUUCUGCAUUGAACCUCAAAUUCCUGAGUGUGGCUAUGGACAAAUUAUAAAAGCAUUCGUAGAUUCGGAUGGAUGUAAAAAAUUCAUUUGUGAAUGUGUACCAUCAUCAGAAUGUCCUAUACUCAAUGAAAUUUCAUUAGAAGUUGAUCAACUGCAACCUGGUUUUAUACAAGUAACAAACACCUCUGGUUGUUGUCCAAAAUUUAUGACUAUUUGUGAUCCUCAGACUUGUCCUUCAGCACCAUCUUGUCCAGAAUAUCACGAAUUAAAAAUUGAUAUAAAGAAUGCUUGCUGUAAUAUUUAUAAAUGUGAUCCACCAAAAGAUUUGUGUUUAUAUAAUAUUGAAUUCGAGAAUAAAAUAGAAAUGACAGAACAUAUAGUGGCAAAAAAACUUGGAGAACAAUGGAUGGAUGGAAAAUGUACUUCCUGUAUUUGUGAAUCUUCUGAGAAAGGUCCUAAACCUACGUGCUUUACAACAGAAUGUCUCAGAAUUAUGGAUCAUCCAGAUAUAUCUGACUUCGUCAUAGAAGAGAUCCUUAUAGAAGAUAAAUGUUGUCCUAAUUUUAAAAGAACAGCUUGCAAAGAUGGAAAUAAAAUAUAUAAAGUUGGUGAAAUUUGGCAACCAAAUUUGGAAAAUUCUUGUAGCUUCAUAGAAUGUCUCAAAGAUGAAAAUGGUAUUCAAAAACAAAUUAAGAUGCAAGAAUGUAACACUACUUGUGAUCUUGGCUUUGAGUAUCAACCUACAGAUAAUAAAAGCACUACUUGUUGUGGAAAAUGCGUUCCAAUAGCUUGUGUGGUUUUCAAUGAAGUAAUAGAUGUGGGAAAAGAAUUAUUUUCUUCUGAUUUUUGUACCAAAUACUCUUGCAAAUCCAAUAAUAAAAGUAUUUAUAUAGAAUCUUUCACAGAAAAAUGUCCAGAGAUAGAUCCUUGGGAAGAAACUGAAUUUGAGAUAGAAAAACAAUAUAUACCAGGACAGUGUUGUCCAAAAUUUAUUAAAACUGGUUGCCGUCAUAAUGGCAUUAUAUAUAAACUUGGAGAAAAAUGGAAGUCUAUAGAUGAUAAAUGUGCUACAGAAAUUUGUGCAUUGGAAUCUAAUAUAACGAAAUAUAAGGAAAUAGAAGUUUGUAAUAAAAAUUGUACUCCUGGUUGGAUAUAUGAGGAAAAAGAGAAUGAAUGUUGUGGACAGUGUAAACAAGCUUAUUGCAUGAUUGAAGAUAUGUUUUAUAAGCCUAAUACAACAUGGUAUUCAAUUGAUAACUGUACUAUUUUUACUUGUAUAAAACAAGGAGAACAAUUAAUUAUUAGCAGCAGUUCUGUAGUAUGUCCUGAUGUAACUGAUUGUCCAGAUACUUUACUUUACAUGCAAAAUUGUUGCAAAAUGUGUAAUUUAACCUCAUACAAUCAUAAAAUUGAGUCUUGCGUUGCUAAUGUUUUGGAGGAACAAAAUACAAUUGGUAUGUUUAGUAUUAAACAUCGAGUACAUGGUCUUUGCAAGAAUUUGGAACCUAUUGAUGGAAUUACAGAGUGUCAUGGCAUAUGUGAAUCUAACAGUUAUUUUGACACAGAUAAUUGGAGUCAAAUAGUUAACUGCCAAUGUUGUCAACCAACAGAAUAUAAAUCUCUAAUUAUUGAAUUAAUUUGUGAAGAUAAUAAAAAAUUCAAAAAACAAGUUGCUGUGCCAGUUUCUUGUACUUGUUCAACUUGUAUGUCUAAUGAAAAGAUUUACAAGAGAAGAAAAGAUGGAGUAAAAGGCUAAUUAACAGGUUAAACGACUAAAAAUAUCAUAAUUAAGUUAAUAUAUACAUUUAAACUUCAAAAUAAACUCAAAAAUAC